AUGCCGGUGAUGGACGAGAACGAGGCGAAGUCCAUCUGUUUCGAGAGUUAUGGGUUUCUUCACAAGCCUUUCAGCUUUACCCAUUGGUCAGCGUUUUUACAAGAACUUCGUCAGAUCGAGUUUCGUUGGACGUUGGCCCCGAUUGCUGGUGGGGUUAUCGUGUUUACUGCCUUGGAACACGGGGGAGAGGGUGAGAAAGUGCUAUGCCAGCUCAGGGGGUCCACGGGAUCUGCACCAAUUGCUGAGUUUUUUGAGUGCUGUGGAACUCUUACGCAGGGAAGCUGUGACAAGCGAUCCGUAAGAUUUAUUGAUCUUGACGGUAGUGAGCAUGUGCUUAGAGUUGUGUCGAAGCGACAGCUUGCUGCCACGAAUGCUGCCACUCCUAUAUCUGAUGAGCCAAUUCUCCCUGUAUUAUCUCAGUACAAUUGUCGAGGGACCUCAGUAGACGUUUCAGUAAUAGACUCUAGGACAGGUGUCGUGACUCCUCUCUUUCACGACCUCUCAUUGCAAACCUUUAACUACGCCUUUCUGACCUCGAUACCCAUAUUUCUUAAACGCGGCGAUGUUGGGAUACGGAACGCUGACUUUGUCUCGAAGGAGCAGAUGCGACAUUUUCGUUUUGCGUGGUGUUUUCUGAGGCGGGAAUCAAUGAUGACGGCAGUUGAAAUGAGCGAGUUGGAUCUUUUGUUGCCACCUUGA